GAGCGUCUGGACAGCGUGCGCGCUCCCGGCUGCUGUGGCAGGUUACUAUGGUUACCGAGUCCUCGUUACUCCGCGCAGUUCAGUGAAAAGCGCUCAAUACUGUCUGGUCUUCGGAAACUAGUAACUUACAGUUAACGGUUCACAAUGGAUUUUAGCAAACUCGAAGAAAUUAAUUUGACACGUGAUGAACUAAAUCGAUUCGGCGAAGCUCUAAAAGACGAGAAGUUCCGCGAGUUACUGAACGAAUAUGCGGCCGAGAUCUCAAACCCCGAGAACAAGAGAAGAUACGAGGAGGAGAUCACGCAGCUGGAGAAGGACAGAGGCACGAACGUGCAGUUUAUUCACCCUGAAGCUCAUCACGUGCUGAAAACCCGCGGCGCAGGCGAGAAGCGCUUCAUCAAUAUCUGCUCCGAUCAGCUGAUCGAUAAACCCUCGAGCGAAGCGGCCACAGGCCGAGACGGGAAAGCGGGCUACAACUGGCGUCUACCGUUCAGCCUGACACCGGGCAGACCGGACCGAGACGCCGCCGGGAGCAGGUGCAUGAUCUAUGACGUCAUUUUCCAUCCAGACGCGCUUCACGCGGCGGAAGACAGCACGAGACUGCUGCAGCUCCUCCACAGCACAGCCAUCCGAGGCAUCGAGGACGCGUUCCACAUCGAGCUGGAUACAAGUAAUAUAAAGCAGCUGAAGAUGAAGUAUAAAGGUGUUCCUCAGGCGGCUGUGAUCCGCAGGCCGAUUCCUGCAGAGCAGCAGCAGAGCACCAGUGAUCCAGAACCAGAACCAGGAGCCUCCUGUGCCGCUCCUCCAGAUCCUGAGGACUCAAGAUCUUCAUCCAAUCAGCCCACAAAACCACAUUACACCGUAAAGUACCGGUCAGUCGUCGAUCUGCAGGAUUACAGGUGCUCCAGAGACUCGGGGCCCGGGGCCCGACCCAGAGAGAUCAUCAUCACUGUUGAUCUACCGCUGCUGAGAUCUGCGCAGGACGCUGAGGUGAGCGUGCAGGAGCGCCGGCUCGUCCUGGAGUCUCAGAAACCAGCGUAUAAACUAGAUCUUCCGCUCUCGUACCCUGUGGAUGAAGAUAAAGGAGAUGCGAAGUUCAACAAAACGAAGAAACAGCUGACGAUCACUCUUCCCGUUCAGCCAGUGAGGAGCACAGCAUUACACCAGAUCAGAUGUGAUGAGAUGAAGGGUAGCGGUGAGGAUGAGGAUGAUGCAGCAGAUCAGGUUCCUGAGACCUCAGCAUGCGAUACAGCUGGACUACAGCAUGAGCCAGAAACCAGUUUUCCUUUCGCAUCUGAACCUCAGUUAAUCGAUUUAACGACAGAACCACAGACACUCGUCAAUCCAGCUGUGAACCGAACAGAACCGCAGGAACCAGAUCAUUUAUAUCUCAUCUGCUCUGUAGAAAUGAACAAUGAAGAUGGAAUUAACAUCAAUCGACCGGUCGACUCUUCAUCAAAUACAUUUUCCAGCGAAGCUGAAAUCCAAACCCGCGUGACGGCAAACGGUCGAGAUGAAGACAUCCAUGAAGUGAGCGGCGCUCUGGAGACAGAACACACACAGGUGUUUGAGUCGAACACAGCGAGUGACGCUAAUGCAUUAGUUCCACACCAGCCGCUGACGACAGAUAAUAAUGCACUAAUAAACCAGCAAUCCAGCAGCUCAGCUAACCAGCAGCUGAAUCACGAGGAGGAUCGGAGCGCUUCUCAGGACACUGAGCCAAAGACGAGACGUUCCUCAGAAGACCACGAGAGCACAACGGAGCGAUUGGAGGAACCAGCGGCUGCUAACGGUGUCAUCCCGAGAGAGACCGAGCCCGACGGCAGACACGUCUUCAUCUGCACUCACAAGACCUCGGCCGCCUUGUGCUUCCAGAACUCUCUGUGGUCUGAUUUGGACCUUAGCUAACUGAUAGUGUGAUAUCGCAUUAUUAGGGUUUUAUAGUCAUGACGUGUCAUUUAUUUAGUUUUCGUUUUAGUUCACUCAAGUUGAAUGUUUAAAUGUAGAGUAAAAUAAAAAUCUUUGUUCUGUUUUGUUCAGAAAUCUACUUAAAACAGAGAUUGACCUUUUG